CACUGUCUCAGAUCAGGGAUGUUAGUGGAUUUCCUUCUGUCACGUCCUUCCACUGUAUUAUCUCUGUAGGAUUAAGGAUGGAUGUGACAUCACAGUGUGGUGGCACUGAAGGCGACACAAAUACGAGCUUGAAGCAAUCAGAGUGCAUCACAAGCCAGCCGACAGCCAAUGGGAUACUUCCACAUCACAACACAGUGGAGGAAGUCCCGCCCCCGCUCCCUGAUAGGCCGGAGGACGGUGACAGCGGCAACGACUCAUUAACCAACAGCUCCUCCACCAAUGACAUCGCUCCUCUCCUGCCGGACCCCCUCCAAAAACAGAAAGAUACGGACAGGUCGUCGUCUCCUCCUCCCAUUUGUACUCCUCCGUCUUCCACCUUCAGCUGUCCUCCUCCUGCUCCUCCUGACCCUGCUCCUCCUGCUCCUGCUCCUCCUGCUCAGUCCUCCAGACACAGCUGCAGCCUUCCUCAUCCUCGUCCUCAUCCUCAUCAUCAUAGCACCAAUCAGAAGCGGCUCUCCUCCACUAAGAGCCAAAACGCCCUCAAGACAGACGCCGUCAAGAUAAACGAAGUAGCAGGAGACGACUGUUGCGUUCAGUGUGUCCUGGGGUGUCUGUUCUGUGAGCUACUCUCCAUGUGUUCAGCUGUAGGGACGUGUCUGGCGUGCGGAUCAGAUGCUGAACUGUGUUGCGACGGUGCAGCCUGUUGCUGCUUGGAGGCAGCGGGGGAAGCGGCGUGUUCAGAGGAGGCGUGCCAAGCCGUGUUGGAUUGUGGGAUAGUGGAGGACUGCUGCAGCUCGUCCGACUUCCUGGAAGUCUGUUUGGAGUGCUGCUCCAUCUGCUUCCCCACAUAGAGCAGCCAAUCAGACGUGGACUACAAGAUGAUAUCAAGAACAGGAAAUUCCAGAUGGAGUCGAUGUGUUCAGGAUGAGCGGACGCAAACAGACCUGCUAACAUAAAGGACUGUGCAAAAAAUUAUUUGUUAGUCUUUGAAAGGUUUUUGGAAAGAAAAUGAAGUGCAGACGUGGUCAACUUUGUUUUCUUCUACAUGCUCACAUCAGGUUUUUGGUCCAGAUCUGGAUUAUUACACUCAGUAAACCGUGGUAUUAAUGGGGGUUUUCAAUAUCUGCCUCUUUAGAGAAGAGUUGAGCCUGACAUUGAUGUUCAUCUUAUCGUCAACCAUCAUCUCUUCCUUACAUUAUGCUGCAUUCAAGUGACAUGUGAUGGAUGGGAAAGAUUCAUGUUUACGACUUGCAAGUUUUCUGACAGAGUCGGUCCAUUGAGGAUUCAACU